CGCUGCCCGUGGCCGGCCCGUGGCGGCAGGGCCGCACCGGGGGCGCCCAUUUAACGCCGCCGGGGCGGCUGUGCUGGGAGGCGGUGAUGGCGCUGACGGCGGGGAGGCGGCGGCAGGACCUGGACAACGGCUCCUUGGAAAUAACACAGAGUUUGGAAGAUGAUCCUCUACUGGAUGCACCACUCAUUUCAUCUCAUACAUUGCAUUCCCAGCUGAGGCCAAGAUUUCAUGCUAUCCCAGCAGUUCUCCUUGCCAAUUUCCUGUUGCUAAUACAUGUUGCUUUUGUUGUUCUAGCAUUUUUAGCAGCUAUGUUUUGUUCUUACCCCAAUCCAAACCAAGAUAAGUGCCCUGGAAACUACACUCACCCACUUAAAGUGCAGACUGUCAUAAUAAUUGCAAAAGUAGUUCUGUGGGUUCUGCACGUCUGUUUUGAACGAUAUGUGCAGCACCACCACAGCAGAGUCAGAAGAAGAGGUUACUUCUCCAUAUACCGAUCAACAAGGCAUCUGAAAAGGCUUCCACUGCUGAUACAUGCCACAGGUAAUACAGCCCUGCUCUUGAUUCUGUCAGUGCAGCAUUCCUUUCCUGAUCACAGCAAAGUGUACCUGUAUCUUAUCCUGGGAGUCCUGAGCCUGGAGAUGAUUAGUUCCCUGACAUGCUUAGUGAUUUACACAGUGAAAAUAAGCAACUUCAAUCGUGCCAAGCCAAGACCUGACAUAAUUGAAGAAGAAAAGAUGUAUGCCUACCCUAGUCAAAUUACCUCAGAAGUUGGAUUCAGGGAAAACUCCAGUUUAGAAGAGAUAGUUGAGAAGCAAGGAGAUGUAAUAGAGUAUCUUCAGCGACACAAUGCGCUGCUCAGCAAGAGACUGUUGGCGUUAACAUCUCAGCAAAUCAAAACUUAACAGCAUUUGGGAAACUCCUGCUGGAGCUCUGGAGGGGAAUGUGAAGUCAUGUAAUAUCCAGACUGGUUUGUACAGAUGUGACUCUUCAAUCAUCUUUCACAUUUCGAAAUACAAGUUAAGCUGGAAGGAUAAGCUCUGCAUACAUUAUAAACCUAUUACAACUGGACACUCUGGCUCUCUUCAUCAGUUCUGGAAAAAAGUUCUGCAGCUUCAAAGAUUUUUAAUUCCUCAUAAGUUAAAGUUGGACUUUUUAAUUCCUCAUAAGUUGAAGUUGGACCAGAGUUAAUGGUUUAACUUUGCCCAGUUGUUGCUAUUAUUUUGUACUGCUAUGUAACCAUUAAGCUUCAGGCUACCAAAGUAUUUUAUAUUUCUGGAAUACAAAUUUGUUCUCUAGAAAAAUCUGACUUUCCAAGGGAUGUAUAUGUAGUUUCUAUUGCUGAAGCUGAGACUAGAUGUGUUCUGUCACUGAUUCCCUUUACUUCCAGGGAUAGAGGUGGAUUACUUCCAAUACAGGUUUUCUAGAUGUCUCCUUUUCUCCUUUGUCAGGUAAGUGGAGAAAUUUGGUAUCUAACUUGGGAUUAUAAAAAAGUGGUGGGUGCCCUAAAACUGUAAAUGUCACGUACAAGUUCAUGGUACAAAAACCAUGCUGUGAUAAGCAAUUGUUCAGAAUUCUGGCUUUAAAGCUCUUAAGAGGGAUCCUCAAGGCUGAUGACUAUCCCAUUACCACGAGUUUGUGUUAGUAACAGGACUCCUACUCUGCCAACUGAACUAACAAAGCAAAAAUACUUGAGCAUGAACUUUUUGAUAUGGUAACUAACUUGUGUUGAAUGCUUUUAAAGGUGCCAUCAAAAAUGCUUGUUACAUUCUUGCUCUUCACUUUGGCCCUUCAAGAAAGUCAGCAUCUUGAUUCAAAAGUUGAAAUGGUGUAUGUGGGGAAGUGGAAAGCAGCAGAAGAUAGAAAGGUCUUUUAGAAGUUGAAGAAACAAGAAUUCUUUGUUUUAAUUUAUGGUGAAUUAAGGCUGGUGAAAGAAACAUUUUUUUUUCUGGGUACUGUUUUGUCUACCAAUGUAGACAAAUAAUUAUUUUAGAAGCCAAUACCUCUGUGGGGAUAGGGUAAUCACUAAUCAAAACUGGGAAGAAGACUCUUAAGAGGAGUGGUCUUGUAGUUGGAUAUAAGAAAGGAAAACUAAUUCAUCCUGCUUUGGUGUUAGGGCACAACUUUAAAAGUACCUAGACAGUUUAGUGUGUAACAAAUAUGGGGGUUGUCUCAUUCGAAGGAAAACAAAUAUUGGAGGCUUUGCUGCUAUCCAACACUAGACUGUUCUCCUUAGCUGUUGUUUCUUGAAAAUGCAGCCAGAAUUUUAUAGUACACAUGUAUGGAAUAAAGUUAUUUGUUUUUAGAACUCAGGUUUUGAUGUGACUCUGUAUGUCAAUUUAUAUCAUUUCUAUGAAAAGCAGUAAAAUGUGACUCUGAAAUUCAUGCACAAUAAAUGCAACCAAGGAAGAGUGUGAAUUCUGUUAUUU